AAAAAUAAUGGACAUAAAACGAAACAAACCUCCGUUGUCUCUUCUUACUUUCUUCCUCGCGCUCUAUAUAUAUAUAUCUCUCUCUCUCUUUCAUUUCUCCAACUUGAAAGGGUUUUUAGGGUUCUGAUUCUGAAGUCUUGAUGUCUGCUUCAUGUGCUGUGUCACCAUCUAUUAGGGCAGAGCUUAUUAACCCGACCUCUAGCAGGUUCAUUGCUCCGUCAAGACUCUAUCGAAACAGAGGCAAAUGUGAAAUAAACAGAAGGGGUUUUGCUUUGAAAGGGAUUGUUGCUUCGGGAGUUUCGGUUAUGGGUUCUUCUCUGCUUAGUGAAACAGUUCAAGGGCUGGAGAGGUUACCAUUCAAGCCCGAGGGAUACAAUUUUUGGACGUGGAUGGGUCAUAAAAUUCAUUAUGUAGUGCAAGGGGAAGGAUUUCCAAUUGUUCUUGUUCAUGGCUUUGGUGCUUCCGCUUUUCAUUGGAGGUAUAAUAUACCUGAGUUGGCCAAGCACUACAAGGUUUAUGCUAUAGACUUGCUAGGGUUUGGGUGGAGUGACAAAGCGCUAAUAGAGUAUGAUGCUAUGGUGUGGAGGGAUCAACUAGCGGAUUUCUUGAAGGAGAUUGUGAAAGAGCCAGCUGUUUUAGUUGGAAACAGUCUUGGAGGUUUUACUGUUUUGGCUGCAGCAGUAAGGUUGCCAGAGCUAGUUGCUGGGGUUGCACUAUUAAAUUCUGCCGGACAAUUUGGAGAUGCCAUUAAAGAGUCCAAAGAGUCCAAAGAAACAGUGCUGCAGAGGUUUGUCCUAAAGCCACUGAAGGAAAUUUUCCAGCGUGUAGUUCUUGGUUUCUUGUUCUGGCAAACAAAGCAACCUUCUCGCAUAGAAUCUGUUUUAAAGAGUGUGUAUAUAAAUACUUCCAAUGUGGAUGACUAUCUUGUCGAGUCAAUAACAAGGCCGGCAGCUGACCCAAAUGCUGGAGAAGUUUAUUACAGAUUAAUGACGCGGUUUAUGAUGAAUCAAAGCAAAUACACUCUAGACAGUGUCUUAAGCAAGCUAUCUUGUCCAUUGCUGCUGCUCUGGGGCGACUUAGAUCCAUGGGUAGGUCCUGCAAAGGCUAACAGAAUCAAAGAGUUCUAUCCAAACACAUCUCUCGUGCACUUGCAGGCUGGCCACUGUCCUCAUGAUGAAGUUCCAGAACUUGUCAAUAGGGCUUUAGUUGAUUGGUUGUCUACUCUAACGCCUAGCACCUCUCUUCAAACGGUGUGAAACUGUUUUAUUUUUUUGCGAGAUGCUUACAUCUUCAUCGAGGUAUUAUCUGUAUUAUAAAUGUAAAUACAAUCAAAAUUGUAAUUAUUCUUUGUAUUAUUGGCUGGUUUGAGAAUAUGAUAGGAAUUAUAUAGGUUGUCAUAGUCCCACCAUACUAAUAAUUUGAACAAGCUAUUUUUGUAUUAAUUCUCAUACUUGAAAUUCAACAGGAA